AUGGGAAUACAAAUGAAUGAUGAAUGUCUAUCAACCCUCCUAUUCGCCGAUGACCAAGUUAUCGUAACUAAUGACGAGAACGAUGCUGACUAUAUGUUCAGAAAGUUGAAAGAAGAAUUUGAAGCAUGGGGUCUGACCAUAAACAUGAACAAAUCUGAAUAUUUAAAAGUAGGAGACCAACAAGAAGAAGACCCAGAUCUGCAAAUCCAUAAUCUGAAAAAAUGUAGCCAGCUCAAAUACUUAGGAAGCAUCAUUUCGAAAGAUGGAACAUCAAAAAAGGAUAUAGAAAACAGGACACAGUUAGGAAAGAAGGCAAUCCGAUUGCAAAACUCGUUACUCUGGUCAACCAGAAUAAAACUUCAAACAAAGAUGACUAUCUACACAUCGAUUGUAGAGCCAAUUUUGACCUACGGUGUGAAUGCUGGCAACUCUCAGAGAGGGAGAGAAGGAUGA